GACCAUGAUGACAUUCGAUCGACUCGCGCAGAUAUGAAGUCUGAAGAAGUUGACAACAUCGAAGAAUUAAACAAUUUGCCUGUUGAUUCUAUUCGGAUUGCACCGUAUUUGUCUGAACUGAAACAAAAAGCAGCAGCAGAAGUAAGCAUUCGACACUUGAAUUUGACGGAAUCUUUUUUGAUACGGUUUCUGCAGGCGAGAGACUUUGAUGUGGCACUGGCGCUCAAGCUUUUGAUUAACUAUCACAAAUGGAGACAAGAAUGUCCAGAAAUAACAGCCGAUCUGAGGCCAUCAUCCAUCAUAGAACUUCUACAAAACAAUUACCAUGGAGUUUUGAGAUCACGAGAUGAUGCUGGAAGUCGAGUUCUAAUCUAUCGGAUUGGUCAGUGGAACCCCAAAGAAUUCACAGCUUAUGAGGUUUUCCGUGUGAGCCUCAUUACAUCAGAGUUGAUUGUUCGAGAAUGGGAGACUCAAAGAAAUGGACUCAAAACUAUUUUUGAUCUCCAAGACUGGUGCUUCGCACAUGCCCUGCAGAUAAACCCUUCCUUGGCAAAAAAUAUAUCUUCUGUGCUUACAGACUCAUUUCCUUUGAAAGUACGUGGCAUCCAUUUGAUAAAUGAGCCUAUUUUUUUCCAUCCCGUCUUUGCUAUGAUCCGUCCAUUUCUUCCAGACAAAAUCAAACAACGGAUUCAUAUGCAUGGGAGUUCAUAUGCCCGAAGUCUCAGCAAUUUCUUUCCAAAGGCUAUCCUCCCUCCUGAGUAUGGAGGAACCGGACCCAGCAUAAAUGAAGUGUGCCAUGAUUGGACUGAGUACAUCAUGCAGUCUGAAGACUAUCUCCAUAGGCUCUCUAUAGAUUUGGAUGGAGGAGAUGCUUCUCAGUCAUCUGCCUAUGAGUGAUUACAAUGAAGCACUGUGUGAAAGGACAUGGACUGGAUCUCGCGAUAAGUCCAACCUGCCAUCUUGCCACGUUCCAGCGCCUGAGCGCUGGUAGAAAACAA